AUGACGGAAUGGCAGGAGGAAGGGGUCGAUUAUAUUGCUCUCUUCAAAGAGUACCAGCGCACGAUGGCCGAUGAGGUGUUUACUUCGCUCGCAAACGACUUGAUUGCCGAUUUGACGCCCCUGUCCUCCAAAAAAGGUUCAUUUCCUCACUUUAUCAACCAGAACAAGGGAUUGAAGGCACUGAAGGCUGCAAGGAGGGGCAGAGAAAUGACUCGCACCGAAUGGCCAGCCUUCAAGGAAAUCUCCUUCCAUUACUUCAAGUUUGACUCGGAAAUCCCAAGCAGUCUGAACGAGCGGGAAGUCUUUGUGGACUGCACGUGGUCGUUCAUCCGAGGAGCUUUUACGAUGGCUGACAUUCCCACCCUCAUGCUGGAAAUCGCCACCAACGGAAACAAGGAUCGUAAGGUUCAAAUGAAGGUGAGAGGGGAGCGACAGGACUGCGCGAGGAAGGCCGAUGGCGUCGGAUUUCAUGCCAGUCAACAAAUCUACAUCGCCGAAUCGGCUCUAAUCUACGGCGCUACCCAGGAUAAGAAGGACGAGGAUGCAUGGAGGUCGAGGCGGGCUCUGCGUGACUCGUGGGUCUCUCAGAUAAAGGCUACCAGCCAAACUCCACACCCGCGUUCAGGCAUGUCGGUGUUCGGUUCCACUUCCCACAAUGGCGAAACGCAGUUCUUUGCCAUGGAUUACAAAGGCUUAUUCCGUGUGAGGACGCUGACGUCCAUGAUGGUGCCAAUGCAGGCUAUGUCCUUUGCUCCAGGUAUACAACAUUGCAUUUUGGCCUGUCUGGAGUUUGUCCUACACGUCUUGGACGAGAGUGAAAGACGCAACUCGGCUGCCAAAAUGACAUCUCAUGAGGAAAGAGAGGAUUCCUUGGAGGCUGCCGCGGCUAUCCCCACCACAAGCAGCACGCGGAAGAAGAGCAUUUUCAAACCCAAUAAAUCUUGCAUCUAA